UGCAUGAUUUUUUGUCGCUGCCUUGACUAGAAAAUUUUGCCUAGCUUCGACACAGUUGCAAUACUGAACGUACAUUCUUCGAUACAGUUGCAGUACUGUAGUCACAUAUUCGAGUUUCAAGAUUUUUCCAGAGAAUUGUCAUAAGUUGGUUGCUGUCAAUAUGGAACGUCACGAGGAGAAUAACGAUGACACUCUCAACGGUACAUCCAACGACAACAACAAUAUUUGUUUGAUGGACGUGUCUGACGACAGUACAUCCAACAAUAACGGCAGUACAACCCGUGUUGACGCCAGUACUUCAACUACGCUUGACAGAAUGGGUGAUACCACCAUGGGUGAUACCACCAUGGAUGAGGACAUCUCCGAUAUUUCAUCGGACGACGAUUCUGAGACUCUUUCCUCCUACGAGGGAUCCGAUAUUGAUGAUUUGAUUGAACACGAGGUUAUGUAUGCACCGAAUGCAAACGCUUUUAUCCCGGAGAUUGUUGGCAUUCUUGAUGAGGAUAUCUCAGACAUGGACACUGAUGACGAGAUUGACAAUGAACCAGUUUUAGCCACUAUGAUGCCGGAGGUUGGUCUUAUUUAUAUGGAAGCCACGGAAGUUGACAUGGACAAUGAUGCUAUACCGCCGAUAACUCAUUCAAUGGUGCUAAUUACCUGGAGAAUGAUUGUCUAAAUAUGAUUACUGCUGAUGAUUUUGACGUGACUGAGUAUCAAGUACUAGUAACAUGACCAUUUUUUCCAAAUUACUUUAAAAUCAUCAAGAUAUUUGUAUUUCAUUUCAAAAUAAAGUUUAAAUAAGUUUAUAGUA